UUCAAUCUGGCUUAGAGAUUUUGGUUUUCUUGCGGUCAUUAGAGAAACUUGAAAUUAACUUAAUUUGCAGCUUCAGGGGAGAGACAGAGAACUAGCAGAAAUGAUUUCUGAUAUAGAAGCGUUUAUCAAAAAGCUACAACACUUAAUCGAUGGCGAUACCAGGCCUUUUCCUGUUCUUUCAGAAAAGAUAUCUCAAAGUCCAUUAGAACCAUAUGACAGUGAAUAUCAUGUAGAAAUAGUCUCCAACUUGAAGGAUAACUUCAAAAAUCGUUUAAAGGAUAUCAGCGAAAUAGCUAUAUUAGCGCAAUUUGUUGUUUCGCCCUCCAUGGAAAUUGAUAUCCAACAGUUUGCAACUUCUGGUACGCAGAAUUUCAGCGAAGACAUCGCUGCGACAGAAAUGGAAAACUAUGGUACAAACUGCGUCAUUGAUAAUACUGUAUCUGACCAUAGGUCCGUACUCCUUGAACUGAAUAUUUUCUCCCCUGACAAUGAUUUAGGUUACGAAAUCUAUCAUUCUCGUAAAUUCGAUGAACAUGCGAGUCAUGCGUUUUGUCAAUGGUUCGGGUCACUCACAGUGGGGCUUACAUUAUGUAAACUGCCUAAUAGUUUCGUAGAAAAUUCACCGAUGAAUCUCAUGAUAUUACAAGACGCUUUCAUUAUAUCCGGCCAGAGUGACAUAUUAAGAGGUGUAUCAAACGCACCAGAUAAGGUUGGCGAAGAAGUAAUUACACUUGAAGUAGCAACACCAUAUACUCUGAUGUUCCUGUUAACGCUAACAUUGGAGCUGAAAGAAUUUCCAAUGCGUUUGUGCAUUAUUUUACAAUUAACUGAAUUCGCAGCAGAUCUGAUUAUAUCAGAUCCACCUUGGCAUAAUUAUUGGCACUUUCAUCAUGGAUCUUGUACUACGUAG